AUGAGUCCAAGACUGGGUGAUCCUAGCCCAGACUUGGAAGAUCAUUCGCAGGCUGAUUGCUUUACUCCUCCUGCUGACUUUUCAGAAGGCGCGGUAUCUCUAGAUGGCCAGCAGGAGGCAGCUCAGGGUCCCUCGCCAUCAUCAGAGUUAUUUACGAGUGCUAGCUCACUACUCCCUUUGGCAUUCACUAGCCUGGACGGUGAGGCGCCUCCUAACUACCCUGCACCAGCCGGUCUGGAACAGAACGAAGAUAGUCUCUUGCUCAACUUCAGUGGACUCAGCCCUGACUGGAUCUUCUCACUAUUUGACCCUUGUUCACACCUCGAGACCUUCAGCUUACCGGCCGACUGUCAAAUUCUUGAUGGAUCCACCUUGCCUGUAACAGCUCAGAAUUCAUCUCUCAAUGCCCAAGAACCACCAGUCAAGUAUAGUGCCAAGCAGGGACCUCAUCUCGAUAACUGGCUCUUAAGUACCAGUGGGACCAACUACACCCAAUCGUUGAUCAUUCCCCUGUUUGGUGGCGAUAGUGAUAGAUCGCUGCGAUACGGCUCGCACUUCCAAAUGCCCAAAGUCGAGGUGGCGCAGAGAUCUCAACUCCUAAAUUCCGCCCAGACGAUCCUGGAAAGGCCGUUGUGGAAAGCUGUUUCGCUCGCUAACUUCCCGAGCAAGGCAAAGCUAGACCACUGCAUUGAUCUAUUCUUUGUCCACUUUCGACCUCCCAUCAGCUUCAUCCAUCGACCUACCCUCAACCCAACCACUUUAUCGGAGGUGCUUCUGCUGUCAAUUGUUGCUAUUGGGGCUAGAUUCAGCAGCAUGUCAGGUGCAAGAAUAUUCGCCAACUCGAUUGCCGAACUGAAUCGUCGUAUACUCCUCGUCAUGGUCAGUAAACUUGGUGAUGCUUUAAUUUUGAAGGAUGCCCUAAAGCUGAGUCACAUCUUUAGAAUGAACAAGAUUCGAGUCGUCGGUUCUCGGAGGACUACCUCACUGCUCAACUGCUUCAAGCUAUGCAUGGCCGUGCGAGUGGCCACAGAAUAUUAUUCAGCCAUAGCAGAGAUUUGCGAUCGACGCUUAUUCGGUAUGCGAGGGAAGCAGGUCUCUUCCAAGAGCCAAAGCCGCGUCAUAAUCCACCUGAAGAUUGUUCCGCCACCACAGAAAGCCGGUGGUUGGGUUGGGUUGCGGCGGAGCGUCAGAGAAGACUAG